CUGCAGCACUCAGAGAGAAGACAAGGAAGAGAGUACCUGUAAUCCUUCCAAAAUGUCUCUUUCGCCGAAGGAACUUGUACAAUAUCAUGGACUAUUCAUGCUAAUGUUUGUACUCGGAAUUGGGGGAUCUUUUCAAUAUGGAUUUCACAUAUCCGUCAUUAACUCCCCUUCGCAGUUUGUAAAGAGUUUCAUCAACGACACAUGGAUGCAUCGCUACGACCUAUCUAUUACCGACAACAGCCUGAGGUUACUUUGGUCUUUUAUUGUGUCAAGUUACUGCAUUGGAGGGCUGGUGGGCUCUCUGGGAUCUGGAUAUUUAUCUUCUAAAUAUGGAAAGAAAAGAUGUCUACUGUGCGGUGACGUGAUCCCAAUGGUUGCCGCAUUAUUGAUGGGUCUCAGUACUACUGCCAAAUCUUUUGAAAUGAUUCUGAUCGCCCGCUUUCUAUAUGGCAUUAAUGCAGGACUUGGACUCAAUAUCCACUCCCAGUAUGCAGGGGAAAUUGCAGACAAGAAACUGCGUGGAUUUACCAGCACCAGUAUCUCCAUAUUUGUGACAAUUGGCAAACUGGCUGGGCAACUUUUAGGACUCCGGGAGAUUUUAGGGAUUGAAUCUCAGUGGUGUCUUCUCUUAGCUUUAAGUGGGUUCUGGGCACUUGCUCAGAUGGUCACUUUGCCAUUCUUUCCUGAGUCCCCACCAUACCUCCUGAUGGAAAAAAAAGACAAAGAUGGCUGCAUACAAGCACUGAAACAACUGUGGGGUGAUCGAGACCAUCAAAAAGAGAUUGAUGAAAUGCUGCAAGAACAAGCUUCCCGGAGAAGUAGUCGGAGUCUGACUGUCGUGGAAUUGCUGAGAGAACAUUCACUACGCUGGCAGCUAUAUAUGCUUCUUGCGUUGACCAUAGCUCUACAACUAUGUGGGAUGAAUGCAGUUUAUUUUUAUGCUGUUGAAGUUUUUAAAGCUGCUGGGUUCCAAGACAAAGAAAUCCCAUACUUAACAGUUGGUAUAGGAGCAUGUGAGUCCGCCUCAGUAAUCCUCUGUGCUCUAAUAGUUGACCAUUUGGGCAAAAGACGUAUUUUGUUGGCUGGGUAUGCAUCCGUGAUUUUAUCAUUGGGGCUUCUGACGCUCACAAUUUCACUGCAGGACAUGUUCUCCUGGAUGCCAUACUGCAGUGUAAUCCUUCUCUUCAUGUAUACCCUAUCAUUUGGCAUAGGAGCAAGUGCUACCACCAUACCUAUCAGUCUGGAAAUCUUUUCUCAAGAAGCUAGGGCUGCCGCAAUGGUGAUUGUAGGAGUAUUGAAUUGGCUGGGUCUGACUAUCAUUGGUAUGGUCUUCCCCUUUGUGGUGGCCACUAUGGAGCAGUUUUGUUUCCUCAUCUUCCUCUUCAUCACUGCUGUCUGUGGGACAUUUCUUUACUUUUACCUACCUGAAACAAAAGGGAAAUCCUGGAUGCAGAUAAAAGAGGAUUUUAAUAAGUACAACUUCAAAAACCAGCUGUGUAUAAAAGACCAACCAAGUGUCAAUGUUAUAUCUACCAGACUGUAACCCAAGAGAAGUUCAUCACAAGACAGUUUUCUGCUUUUGAUUAGUCAGCCUGAAUCUAAUGUAAAAGAAGCAUACUUAGUUUUCUAAUAUGUUUAUGGACGUAUCUAACAAUAAGCAUGAAUCCUUACAUUUCACAGCACACAUGUGACAUCAACAAGACUGAAUAUUUUCAUUUGUACGAUGUCCUUUCAUGAAUGCUCAGUUACUACAAAAGAAGCAGCCUUGUUAUAUUUUUGGUUAUAGCGUGACUCAUAUACUAUGUGCUAAUAUCUAAUAUUAUAUACUGAUACCAUAUAUUAUGCAUGUGUAUUGAAAAAUUUGGUCUAAAAGUCUAAAAGGAAAAGUAGAAUGUUUAACGCAAAAAAUCUCAGUAUGGCCAGUUUUAUUGCAGCAUUUUUGGUCCAGAAAACAUGGUCUAUGUGAUUGCCACAGGUCUUAGGUAUCUUGCAUAUGGCCAUAUUACUGUGGCAGUUUGCUUCUAUGAAUCUCAAUAAUUCAAUAAUCCAAUAUUUCCAAUAACAAUAAAGACAACCUGUCACCAAGAAAAUGCAGUGCAAUCUACAGGCAUGGAGAGCUGAGCAGUUUUGCCCCCCUCGCGACCCCCCACCUCCCAACUUAAAAAAAUAAAUAAGAAAGGUACAAUA